UAAUCACACGGUUAAAUUCAGUCACUGCUAUCGUGCUAGCCCGACGAGGAGCUAGGGUUUAUCCAGGGUUCCGUCUUCUCUCCAUUUCUCUCUCUCCCGCUUGUUCUUCUGUGUGCCCUAGCAAUGGCGAAACCGGGGCGAGGCCAUCGCUCUCCGCCCUCGGGCUCCGGCUCCUCCUCCCGCUCCCGUUCCUCUUCCCCUUCAGAUUCUCGCUCUUCCUCCCGCUCUCGCUCCCUCUCUCGAUCCCGUUCUCCUUCUCGCUCCAGAUCCUUCUCUUCCUCCUCCUCCUCCCCGUCUCGCUCCUCCCGAAGCCGAAGCCGAAGCCCUCCCCCUCAGCGCCGAAGAAGCUCCCCUGAAGCAGCCAGGCGAGGUCGAUCUCCUCCUCCUCAGUCUAGAAGAGCUUCUCCUCCUCCAAGGUAAAUCUUCUUCCUUUUUCCAAGUAUACUGCUUUAUAUGAUUCUACUUCAUGUGUGAAAGAUUUCUAAGAACUCAUCAUUUCACGGGCCUUUUUUCCAUUUGAAAGAAAUUUUCAGUAACUUUGGUGAGGUUGUAAGUGUGGAGUUGGCAAUGGACCGAACUGUUAAUCUUCCAAAAGGAUAUGGAUAUGUGCAGUUUAAGACAAGAGCAGAUGCUGAACAAGCUUUAUUGCACAUGGAUGGUGCCCAAAUAGAUGGGAAUGUUGUUAAGGCAAGAUUUACACUACCUCCUAGACAGAAAGUUUCUUCACCACCAAAAGCUGCUGCUGUUGCUCUGAAGAGAGAUGGCCCUAGGACUGAUAAUGCUAGUGCAGAUGUUGAAAAGGACGGGACAAAGCGGCCAAGAGAAUCUCCUCGGAGAAAACCUCCUCCCUCGCCACGAAGAAGAUCUCCUGUGCCUCGAAGAGUUGGAUCUCCAAGACGACCAGAUUCUCCAAUUCGCCGUCGUGCAGAUUCUCCAAUUCGCCGUCGAUUAGACUCUCCUCAUCGUCGUGGAGACACACCUCCUAGGAGGAGGCCUAUAUCCCCUGGGAGAGGCCGUUCUCCAUCUCCACCUAGGCGUCUUAGAUCCCCUGCAAGGGUCUCGCCAAGAAGGUUGCGGGGAAGUCCAGGUCGUAGACGUUCCCCUCCUCCUCUAAGGCGCCGUUCACCGCCUAGACGAGCUCGUAGUCCUCCUAGAAGGUCUCCAAUAAGUCGUAGGCGCAGUCGCUCUCCAAUACGUAGACGCUCACGCUCAAGAUCAUUCUCACCUCGAAGAGGUCGACCACCUGUAAGACGUGGGAGGUCUUCAUCCUACUCUGACUCGCCAAGUCCACGGAAGGUAUCCCGGAGAUCGAAGAGUCGCAGUCGCAGCCCAAGAAGGCCUUUGAGAGGAAGAGGCAGUAGCAACAGCAGCAGCAGCAGUUCACCACCCCCACCUCGCAAACCCUAGAUAUAAUUCGUGUACAUCUGUUGUCUGUUUUUGUUCAUGUAUUUGUCAAGACUUAAUAUUAUGGAAGUUACUCUACCGGCAAUGUCUUUGGGGAUAUGUUUCUAUGACUGUCUACUCCAACAGAUGCUUUCUUAUUAGCACUUGAAAAUGUUUUUGGAGAUUUGCUGUUAAAUUAGUUUUCAUUCGGGAACCCUUAGCUGUCAUUUUGAUCCAAAAUGAUGAGUUUCGGAGAUGGGGAUUUCUUGUAUCGAAUGAGUGAAAAUCUAAACUUAAUUGAAUCCUAUUAGAAUUUCAGUGGAAUGCUAUGUCACUGAUAUUUCAGAAA